GUGUGUCAUGGCCCUGUCUGCAGGCGUGAGAUUGGAGGUUGCCUCCCUCCCCGGCUGAUAAAAGCUGGUGGAGGCAGAGACGGGUCUGAGCUUUUGCUGAGCCUGUGCCAGAGAGAAGGGGAAAAAAAGACCCAGGUGAGGAAAAAAGCCAAGCGGAGAAGAAGCCGGUGGAGGAAAAGCAGCCGGAGGAACCCCAAAACGGCACCAGUGCCACCAAGGAAAACCCCGAAAGUCAUCAUGGAAUUAAUAGGUUCAAUCCAUCUCCAUGGGUUUUCCCAUAAAGAAACCAAGCUUCUUUGCGGCUGCUGGAGAAAAAAUGGCAUUUUCUUUCAGCUGGGAGGACGUUGCAGGUGCGAUGGCUUUCUUCCUCAAACCACGGCCGCGCACGUGGGAUCUUGCCCUGGACUACCACACAGCAAAACAGUUUGAAGUGGAUGUAACCCUGGAUCCGGCCACGGCGGGACCCGAGGUCAUCCUCUCUGAGGACCUCAAAGAGGCCAGCUGGGGUAGACCUGGACGCCGGUGGCCUGAGGGUCCGGGCCAGUUCGACACGGAUCCGUGCAUGUUGGGCAGCGAGGGCUUCACCUCGGGCCGUCACUACUGGGAGGUGGAAGCGAACGGGCGCUUCUGGGCCGUUGGGGUGGCCCGUGAGUCGGUUCAGAGGAAAGGCCGGAUCCUCUUCAAGCCUAAUACUGAGAUUUGGGGCUUGCAGAAGUACGAUGAGCUCUGUGUGGCCCUCACAGCUCCUUCCAACACCUCCGUCCCACUCCUCAACGGGGAGAUAGGGGUCUACCUGGACUAUGAGGUGGGACAGGUCUCCUUCUAUGCUGUUGGCAGCCGCCAACGCAUCUUCACCUUCCCCGUGGCUUCCUUCAGUGGAGAAAAGGUCUUCCCCUACUUCUGCGUGCUCCUCUCCACCAUCAAACUGUCCCCGAAGGGUUGAUGCGUUGGCAGGGUCCCCCCAAAGCUGGUUGCUCCACAGUGCUUGGAAACACUCCUUGAUGCUCCUCAACUCUUAUUUUCCAGGUCUUGGAGUCAUUUCCACCUCAGCUCAUGGUCCUACCUCCAUCUUAGAUGUCUCCGUUUUGGGUUAUAUCCAGGGGCUUUUGGGUCUGAGCUCGGCGUGGCUCAUCUCAUUUAAAAGCUGCUGUUGUUAAAUUCAUCCAAAGCUCGUUGACGGGAGCUGGGCUUCACUUAGCUGGUUUUGAGGCGAAAACUUGGGGCUUCCUCCCAAACUCAGCCCCCUCUGAAGGUUUCUUUUACUGACCUCAAUGCCCAUCACUAGCCGGGCUUCCAACCCAAAUUAAAAAUCUUGAUUUUUGCAGGCUUUGUGUUAAUACCAGCCGCUCGCUACCUCAGUUUAAAACCGAUUUUGUCACCACAAGGAUGUGCUCGCGCUCGCUUCCCCCCCCCCGCCUCCCAUUUUCUUCUGCUGUUCUCCAUGCUCAGGAUGUAUUUCCAAGUAAUUAAUGUGCAAUUGAUUAUAAAUGUGCUAAGGAUAUAAUAAACUUUUUUUUUUUUUGCUAUAA